AUGUGUGGAAAGAGGUUUUUGCAUGAAUUGACACACCUUGUUCACACUAAAGGAAAGUUCAGGCCUUGUAAUGGUCAAGUAUAUAUAUAUUUUAUUGGGAAAAUUUCGGAGGUUUGGCAAGGGGAUAGCGAGUGUGAGAAGUUUCUUUCUGUAAUUGUUCUUGGGGUUUUUCUGAUGGUUGCUGGAAUUAAUUAUUGGGGCAGAGUUUCUGAUGGUUGUUAUGUUUCUACUCAUUUCUCUUUCACUAUUUUUGCCUUAGUUGUUUCUAACAAAGGUGGUGGAAGAGUUGUCUCUGACAUGGGUUAUAAGGAGGAGUAUAGGCUUGGUGAUUACUCUCACUGCAACAAAAUCAAGAGCUGUCUUAUUCAUGGAAAAGUCUCUUCUUCUUUCUCUCAGAAACAUCUCAAUGAUUCUGUCACAGAGUUUUUCUUUAUUGUUCAAAAAUUAGAGAUAUAA